GACACGGAAACACUUCGCUGUUUGAUCAUCUUGACCAGAGGCUUUCGAAUGAAACAGCAUCGUGAUAGUCCCUUCAGCAGCAUUCAGUUCACACUUCUCCGCUAAGGCUUCUCCCUUCCGACAGCAACAUGCAGGAAACUGAUCCUCUGCCAAGUGGCGAACACGAAGGGGAACCCGACCCGGCAGAGACUGAGCAAGUUGAAGGAGAUCCAACCGUCAGCGAAGAGACCAAGGAGAAUGACGAGGAGACCAGCUCUGCUAACGAGCAGCAGCAGCAGCAGCAACAGCAGCAACGACCAUUUCCAAGAUGGCAGCGAAGGAAGCAGAUGGUAGUCGACAGCGCAGUGAAGGACCUUCUAUCAGAGCGAUUCGAGGACAUGAAGAAGGCUUUCAUGAGUCUGGAUCUCAACGAGGACGGGAAGGUCUCCCUGAAGGAGAUGCGCGCAGGGCUGGCGUUGAUGGACGCGACGGUGUCAGUCUCCGACGAGGAGCUCCGCAAGAUCCUCUACAACGCUAGCAGCGAGGACAGGACUUCCAUCGACUUGGAUGAGUUUCUCUCCUACUUCGGCCCUCACGCUCUCUACGUCAACGAGAUCGAGCGGCACCUCUCAAGGGUGGCAGCGACUGCGGACGGCAGGGGGUUCGCGUUCGUGGAGCUGUCGAUCAAGAACCGCAAGCUCACGGACAUCGUUGCGAUCAAAGACUACGUCCAUCUCCGGUUCCUUGACUUCUCGCACAACAUGCUCACGGACGUGUCUUGUCUGGGCUGCCUGCCCCAGCUGGUCAAAGUCGAUCUCAGCCACAACCAACUCACCUCAAUCCUCAGCUUCCGCCCCCCACUUGCUCUCCGAGAGGCAAACUACAGCCACAACCAGGUCUCAGCGAUGAACGACCUGAGCGGGCAUCGCUUCUUGGAGGUGCUGGACCUGAGCUCCAACUCGAUCUCAAGCAUCGGCGGCAUCUCCCGCAACUUUGCGCUGAAGAGGCUCAUCUUGGAUGACAACGAGAUCAUGGAGCUGGCCAACCUCAACGACCUGAGGAUCCGGUACCUGUCUAUAGCCAACAAUCGGCUCAGCGCGGUCAUCGGCUUCGAGGGCUUUCAGGAGGAUGAGGUGGAAGUCUUCAGGAACCUUGAAGCCUGCUAUGACGAGAUGAAGCUGGCGUUUGAUGCCAUGGACGCCAAUCAGGAUGGAAUCUUGGACAGAAAAGAGUUUCUUCGCGGUUUGAAGCUGAUCGACCCACCGCCAGAUGAGAAAGUUCUGCACAAGAUUUUAGACAGACUAGACAAGAACCGAGACGGGACGAUCGACAAGGUCGAGUUCCUUUCCCUAGCGCGACGACAUUCGCAGGCCGUGCUGAAUGUCGACAACGGCAUCGAGAGACUUGGUCACCUGGUGGAGCUGAACUUGUCGGGGAACGUUAUCACCCGGCUCAACGGCUUCGGGGUUCAUCCGGCUUUAAGGAAAAUUGAUCUCUCGUCCACGGCUGUAGAGGCCAUCGACGAGCUGAAGAACCUUGCACAUCUCCCUCUUCUCGAGGAACUGAAUCUUUCCAACACCAUCGUAAGCCUUCAAGUCAUCGUACGUGCUCCCUCGCUCACCAUCGGGUUCCAGGUCGCACAGCAGGGCGAUGCCUCGCAGUCAACCUGCUUCCGCCUCAAGGCUAUUCACAUCCUCAACCCUCCACAAGGGAAAUGCAAGCUAAAGCUUCUCAAUGAGCAGUUCGUCUCUGCCGAGGAGAUCGUCUCCUCCCUCAACUUCUACGACCAGCGCUGA